UCACAGAGUGGCACUGUGCCCUCGGUUCUAGUGCGCAUCUGUCCCCUCUGAGGAGCUGACUACAGGGCUGGACUCUGUAGCCCAAGGGGCAGGGCCUGCGGGAGUGAUGAGGCGGAGGCGGCAGCCUGAGCCGAGACGCCAUGCAGAUCAGGGACGGGGCAGGUUCUGCCCCUCCCACGGCCAGGCUGCAGGACAUCUGAGGCCGUCACCCCUUGGAUGGCUGCCUCCUUCAUGUCGUGAGAGAGACACGCACACGUGAAACCACGCCGGAGGGAGCCAUGGACCUGCUGCGGGAACUGAAGGCCAUGCCCGUCACGCUGCACCUGCUGCAGUCCACCCGCGUCGGCAUGUCCGUCAACGCCCUGCGGAAGCAGAGCUCGGACGAGGAGGUCGUCACGCUGGCCAAGUCUCUCAUCAAGUCCUGGAAAAAGCUCCUGGAUGCUUCAGAUGCCAAAGCCAGGGAGCGGAGAAGGGGCGGGCCUCUGCCCACAUCGUCCUCCAAGGAGGCCUCCGAGGCCCAGGACCCCAGCGGGCCUCUCUCCAGCCGCAAGAGGCCAGAGCUGCCCAGGACGCCAUCGACACCCAGGAUCACCACGUUUCCUCCGGUGCCGGUCACCUGUGACGCCGUGCGCAACAAGUGUCGCGAGAUGCUGACCGCUGCCCUGCAGACGGACCAUGACCACGUGGCUGUCGGUGCAGACUGUGAGCGCUUGUCGGCCCAGAUCGAGGAAUGCAUCUUCCGGGACGUGGGGAACACGGACAUGAAGUACAAGAACCGCGUGCGGAGCCGCCUCUCCAACCUCAAGGACGCCAAGAACCCCGGCCUGCGGCGCAACGUGCUGUGCGGCGCCAUCACGCCCCAGCAGAUCGCCGUCAUGACCUCGGAGGAGAUGGCCAGCGACGAGCUGAAGGAGAUCCGCAAGGCCAUGACCAAGGAGGCCAUCCGCGAGCACCAGAUGGCGCGCACGGGCGGCACGCAGACCGACCUGUUCACCUGCGGCAAGUGCAGGAAGAAGAGCUGCACCUACACGCAGGUGCAGACCCGCAGCUCCGAUGAGCCUAUGACCACGUUCGUCGUCUGCAACGAGUGUGGAAACCGCUGGAAGGUAGUUCUGCUGAGCCCUGCGCAUGUGUGCCUGCAGCCUUGGGCCACGGCCAGUGCGGGCCGUCGCCCUUUCCCCAUCCUCUGCCAACAGAUACAGCUUCUCUGGAGACCUGCUCUUUGCCCACCUGGCCUUCCUCAGAAGGCAGCACACCCUGCCCCCCACCCUGCCUGCCGAGCACCUUUCUUCCUCUUUCCCCCCCGUUAUUAAAUGUUUCUUUUUGCCA